UCAACUGGAGAAAGAUAGAUACACACACUUAUUUUUUGUGUUUGACGAACUGUUUCAAAGACACUAAUAAUAAUAAACGAUCAAAAACAGACCAACAACUUCCUCCUCCUCAAAUUCUCAUAAAUUUCUUCAUCCUAUCAAAAUCCCAACAAACACUUAAAUAAUUGAAGAAUCCAAAUAGGAGGUGGUUUGGUGAAAGAGAGUGAUUGCAUUAAAUUAUUAUAUAUACGAAUGGACGGGCUAAAAAAGGACGGACCAGUUAUAGAAGCUAGUGAUGGUAUAAAUGAAGAUGCUACUAACAACAACGACAUAGUUGACAAAGAAGAUACAGGAAAAGAAAUGUCCCCGCCUGUUGGUAAUGCGAUUCAUAGGUCGACUUCACGCCCUCAACUCGAUCUUAGUGGUGCAGCCAUUCAAGGGAAUUUCGAAGAACGAGACCCCACGAUUUUGCUGCCUAAUCAGUCCGAUGAUAUAUCUCAUUUGGCAUUAGACAUUGGAGGGUCACUAAUCAAGUUAGUUUAUUUCUCAAGACAUGAAGAUCAUGCUGUCAGUGACAAGAGGAAGAAGUCUGCAAAAGAGAGAUUUGGUGUUAUGAAUGGUAGCAGGAGGAGUUUUCCAAUUCUUGGAGGAAGGCUGCAUUUUGUGAAGUUUGAAACAACCAAAAUAAAUGCAUGUUUAGAUUUCAUCCACUCAAAGCAACUUCAUCGUGGAGAGAAUGAUAAUGCAGUAAUCAAGGCUACAGGUGGCGGGGCAUACAAAUUCGCAGAUUUAUUUAAGGAAAGACUUGGAGUUAGCAUAGACAAAGAAGAUGAAAUGGAUUGUCUUGUAGCUGGUGCAAACUUCCUGCUAAAGGCGAUUCGCCAUGAAGCCUUCACCCAUAAAGAAGGUCAUAAAGAAUUUGUGCAGAUAGACCAUAAUGAUUUAUACCCUUAUCUUCUUGUUAAUAUCGGAUCUGGAGUAAGCAUGAUAAAGGUUGAUGGAGAUGGGAAGUUUCAGAGGGUCAGCGGGACAAAUGUAGGUGGUGGUACAUAUUGGGGAUUAGGGAGACUGUUGACCAAGUGCAAGAGUUUUGAUGAGCUGCUCGAGUUGAGUCAAAGAGGAGAUAAUAGCUCUGUAGACAUGCUUGUUGGGGAUAUUUAUGGGGGGUUGGAUUAUUCAAAGAUUGGACUCUCUGCAUCAACAAUUGCUUCCAGUUUUGGCAAGGCAAUUUCUGAAAACAAGGAGAUUGAAGACUACAGACCCGAAGACAUUUCUCUGUCUCUCCUCCGUAUGAUCUCAUACAAUAUCGGGCAGAUUUCUUAUUUAACCGCAUUGCAACUUGGAAUCAAGCGUAUAUUUUUUGGAGGAUUUUUCAUAAGGGGCCAUGCUUAUACCAUGGAUACUAUUUCAUUUGCUAUCCAAUUCUGGUCAAAAGGAGGCGCACAGGCUAUGUUUUUACGUCAUGAAGGUUUUCUGGGAGCUUUAGGUGCAUUUAUGAGUUACGAAAAACAUGGAUUAGAUGACUUAAUGGUUCAUCAGCUGGUGGAAAGGUUUCCAAUGGGUGCUCCAUACACUGGAGGAAAGAUCCAUGGUCCUCCACUUGGGGACUUGAAUGAGAAGAUAUCGUGGAUGGAGAAGUUUGUUCGAAAGGGAACUAAGAUUACAGCUCCUGUUCCAAUGGCUUCUCCAAGAACUACUGGUUUAGGUGGCUUUGAGGCCCCUUCAUCAAAAGGAGAUGCCCUACGUUCUGAUGAAAGUAAUCUAAAUGUUGGUGUUCUUCAUCUGGUUCCCUCAUUAGAAGUGUUUCCGCUGUUGGCUGACCCUAAAACUUAUGAACCAAACACCAUUGAUCUUGCAGAUCCUAAUGAGCUUGAAUAUUGGUUCACAGUGCUAUCUGAUCAUUUACCGGACCUUGUUGAUAAGGCGGUGGCCAGUGAAGGUGGAACAGAUGAUGCUAAAAGACGGGGCAAUGCCUUUGCUCGUGCAUUUUCUGCCCACUUGGCAAGGUUGAUGGAAGAGCCGGCUGCUUAUGGGAAAUUAGGACUGGCCAAUCUUCUUGAGCUAAGAGAAGAGUGCUUAAGAGAAUUCAACUUUUUUGAUGCAUAUAGUACUAUAAAACAGAGAGAGAACGAGGCAUCUCUUGCGGUCUUGCCCGACCUUUUGAUGGAGCUUGAUAGUAUGAGUGAGGAAACAAGACUACUUACAUUAAUAGAAGGCGUGCUUGCUGCAAACAUAUUUGAUUGGGGAUCUCGUGCUUGUGUUGAUCUUUAUCACAAAGGAACGAUUAUUGAAAUCUACAGAAUGAGUCGCAAAAAGAUGCAAAGACCAUGGCGGGUGGAUGAUUUUGAUGCAUUUAAGGAGAGAAUGGGUUCUGGAAACGUUCGUCAUAAACGAGCUUUGCUUUUUGUGGACAACGCGGGUGCUGAUGUUGUUUUAGGAAUGCUUCCCCUGGCCCGAGAACUUUUACGUCGUGGAACUGAAGUUGUUCUUGUUGCAAACUCCCUUCCAGCAUUAAAUGAUGUUACUGCAAUGGAACUUCCAGAAAUUGUGGCCGAAGCUGCCAAGCACUGUGACAUUCUUCGUGGAGCUGCUGAAGCUGGCGGCCUACUUAUGGAUGCAAUGAUCAAUGUUCAAGAUAGUCCAAGAAAGAAGUCAUCUUCUACUCCUUUAAUGGUAGUUGAAAAUGGAUGUGGGAGCCCGUGCAUUGACUUGAGGCAGGUCAGCUCUGAUCUGGCCGCACUUGCCAAAGAUGCUGACCUGGUCAUAUUGGAAGGGAUGGGGCGUUCUUUGCAUACCAACUAUAAUGCUCGAUUUAAAUGUGAUGCUCUAAAGCUUGCGAUGGUGAAGAAUCAACGGCUGGCUGAAAAGUUGAUAAAAGGGAACAUAUAUGAUUGUGUUUGUAGAUAUGAACCUGCUUGCUAGCUGAUACUUGACAAACAUUUCGUCUUGUUACUCUAAGCUACAAAUAUACUUGUUAGGUUCCUACUACCCAUGGCCUAUCAUCGGAUUUGACAAUUCUUUUGUUAUUGUAUCAUAACUCGUAAGCUCAAAAAUAUUUCAUGUUUUAUGCAAAAAAAAAGAAAAAAAAAAAAAUUUGCUGAAAUGUUUACCAAAUAAUUUGACAUGACCUGUAAGAGUUGUGAAUUAUCGGUUUACUUUUAAUGAAUUAAUACUUCCGGAAGUUUGGAUCAA